AUGUCACCUGGAUUGUUAGAUUCAGAAUUCACUUCCCGGCAUACAUCCUCUUUUAUACCACCAAUAGCAUUCCCGAUUGUACCUGGUUUGGGAUCUUCUUCGCCUUCAUCUCUGUCUCCUUCUUCCGGAAUUACCAAACAUCCACACGUAUGGGAUCUCCCCAGCAACACAAACGGGUCUAAACCGAUAUAUUACUCUCACGAGGUUAUAUCUAUCGUAAAUCCCACUCUGGAUCCAACCAAUAUUGUUCCUAACAGUAUUGUAAAUUCAAAUCCUAGUCCAACAAUCAGAAGAUCAUCUGAUCCUACACCAAUGUCGACGUCACAUGGCGUGGCGCUGGGACAUUAUCAUCUAUUACCUCCUAUAGAGCUUAUCGGUACUGGAAAUGGUACGAGCCAAUGGCCAAAGGCUAAACCGAAUGGUCCACGACCACAAUCGAGAACACGAACCACUAGACCUAAAGCUUCCUUCUACAUACUGGAUAAUGACAAUGAGCAAGAUGAAGAUAGGUAUAUCAACAAUUCAAAUCAAUCGUCUAGGUUGUACCAUUCCAACUCUUCUCGUAAAAGGUCGAUGGAGAGAUAUGCAAUCUCACAUGCACAUGCAUAUGGACAAGAGCAACCUAUGCAAUUCCGAGUGGUCAACCCUGAUAGAACUUCAUCUUCUACUUUAUCUUUGACCGAUGAACAUCUCGACGACAACGAGGUCGAGAUCCAAGAUAGAGAGGGAAACGAUAUGAGACGAGGAAGUAUAUAUCUGGAUGGUGAAAUCUCGGAGAUGGACGAAGAAGAGCUAGGGGUCAGAUUGUCGCAAUAUAAUAUGAUUACUGGGUAUAACCAUACCCCUAUGACAGGUGCUGAGACGAACAGGGGGAUCAAAGGCAGACCGAAGAGUUUGAUCGAUAGAGCGAGAACAUUCAUGCUAGGACGGAAUAAAGAUGAAAUCGAAAGAGAUCACCACUACAAGGAAGCUGGACAACGGAAUGUUAAUAUAUUGAAUGAAGAGCCGAGGCCUGAUUCGAGAAGCUGGCUGAGAUGGAACAAACUCGAAUCUGAAGAUAGGAGAAGAGCAGCAAGUGAGGAUUUGAGUAGAAAUCAUAUGGCCCAAACAGAAAGGAUCAGACAAGGAUCAUCAAGUACUGCCAACACACACCCGCGAUCCAGUAUACCACAGAAACGAAUGAUUAAUCCAUAUCCUAAAAUGACAUCUAACCUUGGACUUGAUCCUAACAGCAAGAGCGCCACUCAUAUGAGAACCCCUACGAACACGUGUAAUCAAGUUCCUGUAAAUCCGAAUGAGGUGGAAGCUUGGGAUGGUGGAUUGCCACCUCAACGACCAGCACCCACUGGUCAAUUAUCUUCGUAUAAGGCAGAACCACAGAUGAUGGUGAAGAAGAAAUCCUCGAAAGGAUGGAAAGAAAGAUUUAAGCUAUUGAGAUUAUCUCAAUAA